CCGAGGAGCGUGCCCGUCGAGGAAGUGACGUGUCGAUCCGUGCCAGAGGAAGUUUGCGCGGCGCAGGGAGAGAAGUUUCCCCGGAGCGGAUGCGCUUGGAGCGGGAAGAACCCUGACACAGCCGCCGCCGCCGGACCGAGCGCACCGGAGCGGCAAGAGAGCGCGUCGUGCGGCGCGUGGAUGCGUGUUGCGGCGUUGGAGAGGCGUGCAGUGGGUUCGUGUGGCCGUGUGAUCGUCUCUCCGCCGCUCCUCCCGCUCGCUGCGAGAUGGGGAAGGAGCAGGAACUGCUGGAGGCGGCGCGCACCGGGAAUCUGGUCGCCGUUGAGAAGCUCCUGUCCGGGAAGAGACAGUCGGUCGGGUCGGCCGCCGCCGGAGGCUCCGGAUCAACCGGGAAUAUUGGGAGCGGCGGGCACAGCUCUUCACACCCGCUCUCCAGUCUGCUCAGCAUCUGGAGGGGCCCGAAUGUGAACUGUGUGGACAGCACUGGAUACACACCUCUACACCACGCUGCUUUAAAUGGACACAGUGAGGUGGUGGAAGUACUUCUGCGGAACGAGGCUCUGACGAACAUCGCCGAUAACAAGGGCUGCUACCCUCUGCACCUGGCGGCGUGGAAGGGAGACCAGCGAAUCGUCAAACUCCUCAUCCAUCAGGGUCCAUCUCACCCCAAACUCAAUGAACAGAGCGCUCUAGACCACACUGAGUUCAAACGCUGUGGCCCAUUUGACCCCUAUAUUAAUGCCAAGAACAACGACAACGAGACGCCGCUGCACUGUGCGGCUCAGUACGGACACACUCAGGUGGUGCAGCUGCUGCUGGAGGAGCUGACCGACCCCACCAUGCGCAACAACAAGUUCGAGACGCCGCUGGACCUGGCAGCGCUCUACGGCCGGCUGGAGGUGGUCAAGCUCCUGCUCAGCGCCCAUCCCAACCUGCUCAGCUCCAACACCAAGAAACACACCCCUCUCCACCUGGCCUCCCGAAACGGACACCUGCCCGUGGUGGAGGUGCUGCUGGCCGCCGGCGUGGACAUCAACUACCAGACGGAGAAAGGCAGCGCCCUUCAUGAAGCGGCUCUGUUCGGAAAGACGGAAGUAGUGCAAAAGCUACUCAACGCAGGUAUCGACGUGAAUAUCGUGGACGGUAAGAAUCUAACGGCGCUGGACACUGUUAGAGACAUGCCCUCUCAGAAGAGCCGACAGAUCGCCGCUCUCAUACAAGCUCACAUGAGCGGCCGGCCGUCAGACUCCGGCCUCCCUCCUCCGCCGGUGCCUCCACCUCAAGAGAGCCUGAGCCCCAAGAGAAAAGGAGACAUGGAGCAGCAGGUCACUGAGCUCAUAUCUGGUUUGGCUGCGACGCCUGUGGAAGAGAGUCCGUAUGAAGCCCUGUUCGAGGCGUCCUCCUGUGUGUCUCUGGACAGCCUGGCCAGCGGAAAGUCAUCGGACAGAGACUCGGGACGACCCGACAGCGAAGCCGGGAAGAAAGAGCGACAUCCUCCACAGAGUCAGGACGAGGAUCUCAGCUCUGAGGCGGUUUACACCAACAGCAGCGUGGACGAGCGGCCCGAGCCUCUGGAAGAGGAAGACCACACGUACGAGCUCUUAGUCACCGCGCAGACCAAAAUCCCCAACAACGCGCAAGGCAGAACGGAUGCGGACGUCUCAGGCAAGUCUUCCAACAGUGUCCUACCUCAGCGAAAGACCACUGCACACAUUGACCUACGACCUUCAGGGUCCAACACAAACAGUCUGCUGCCGCCUGCGCCUCAUUUUAGCCCCGGACAGACGUCUGGAGAGAGCUCCUCACACGGUCAGGAUACAGGCGCUGCCGUUCCUGAGCAGUUCACUGGUCUGCUUCACGGUUCCUCGCCGGUGGUCGACUGUCGGGAGGAAGCUUUCAGACUGCCGUCCUCUGGAGUGAAGUCCGGCGAGGCUUCCAACACUUCGACAUCCGCCAGCUCCGCCCCCCUUGCCCACCCCAAAUCGUCGGUCGCCAUGGAAACCAUUCUCCAGGACACUGACCCCAAAGCUAUCUAUGCCACGGUCCACAAAGAGCCGCGGGAUUCAUCAAAACACAGCUCACCGGCUCGUGAUUCUCCGCUGACGAGAAGGAUGCCUCCACCGGGCGAUCUCAAGCUAGCGCGAAGCCUUUCGAAGUCCGACUCCGACCUGCUAGUGUCCCCACCCGGUGAGGAAGAGACGGGGCUGGGCGGCCGAAGUGAAUCAGUGUCCAACUGUAGCACCACCAAGAGAAGACUGGAAAAAUCACCUUCGUUCACUUCAGAAUGGGACGAGAGACAGAGGCAUUCCCUCUCUAUUCCAUGGAGACAUCGGCCACCCCAAAGAAUUGAGAAGAUCAUGACCCUAAUUGGAGCAGGCAUCGACUUCUCCAAAGACCAGGAGUGCCCUGCCACAGGUGGAUCCGGGAGGCUCCUUGAACAGCCGGUCGGGGAUUGGUUGGAGCAUAUAGGCCUUCCCCAGUAUGAGAGCAAGCUGCUGCUCAAUGGCUUCGACGACCUGCGCUUCAUGGGAAAUGACGUGAUGGAAGAGCAGGACCUGAGAGAAAUUGGCAUCACGGACCCGGCGCAUCGCAGGAAGAUCCUCAGCGCCGCACGUUCUCUACCAAAGGUGAAAGCGCUAGGCUGCGACGGCAGCACGUCCCUCGCCGCGUGGCUGGAUGUCCUGGGUCUCCAGGAAUACCUGCAGAACUUCCUGUCCAGUGGCUAUCGCACGCUCGAGUGUGUGAAGAACCUGUGGGAGCUGGAGAUCGUCAACGUGUUGAAGAUCACGUUGUUGGGCCACAGGAAAAGGAUUAUUGCGUCAUUAGCUGAACGUCCGUACGAGGAGCCUCCGGUCAAACCACCCCGGCUCUCUCAGAUCAGAUGUCAGGAUCUGAUGUCCCAGACCUCAUCUCCUCUCAGUCACUCAGACUCCUACACGCGCUCCAUGGACCCCCUGUUACCUGCAGGCGAUUCUGGGAGGAGGAGAGCUCCAGACUCUGAGUACGACGUGGCUAUUCGACAGCGGCCCAACGAAAGACCACAAGAGAGAUUUGAGGAGCGCCAGAGGGAACCCCGCUUGACCUUACGACCCCCGAGUCUGGCGGCACCGUACACACCGGUCCAGAACUGGCACCAUCAGCCCGAGAAGCUCAUCUUUGAGUCGUGCGGUUACGAGGCCAACUAUCUGGGCUCAAUGCUCAUUAAAGAACUAAGAGGAACGGAGUCGACGCAGGACGCCUGUGCUAAAAUGAGGAGGUCGACGGAGCAGAUGAGGAAGAUCCCCACCAUCAUCCUCUCCAUCACGUACAAGGGUGUGAAAUUCAUUGACGCUGCCAACAAGAACAUCAUCGCAGAACAUGAGAUCAGGAACAUCUCCUGUGCAGCUCAGGACCCGGAGGACCUCUGCACGUUUGCUUACAUCACUAAAGAUCUUCAGAGCAGCCACCAUUACUGCCAUGUCUUCAGCACCGUAGAUGUGAACCUGACCUAUGAGAUCAUUCUGACGCUGGGACAGGCGUUUGAAGUGGCCUAUCAGCUGGCACUACAGGCCCAGAGGACCAGACAGCAGCAGAGCACAGCGGGACCCACCGAGAUCAUCGAGACCAAGAGCAGCAGACCCGUCCCCAAACCACGAGGGAGCAUGCGCAAGUCAGGGGUGGAGGCCAUGGAUGUGGAGGCUCACGCUCAGAGCAGCGCCACCUGGAUCCUGGACUCCAAAGACCCCAAGCGCACCGUCAGCACCAAGCUUCGACCGCAAUGAGACACCGACGAAGACUUCCUCUUCCUCCUCUUCGGUCUGAGCUAAAACAACUGGACGUCACUAAACGUGUAGCAUCAGAUCAAAACAGUCCACACCGCCAAGGAUUACCGUAAAAGGCACUUUCCAUGAAAACGGUACAUUUUGGUGCGGUACUUUUUCUGAAUAAAGGCACAAAUUACAUAUUUACGACCUAAAGAGAAACCAGUAAAUACGUUUGGUAGAUCGUUGUGUGUUGUAAAAAUAGCAUAGCAUGGAAAGAGGACUUGGCUUUCUGAUUACGACCAACGUUUGACAGACUACAGCAAUGUUUUAAUUAACCUAAAACAUAAAUGACCAAAUCGAUAAUUAAUUUUAAAUACAUAUUUAAGCAUAUAAAAAAAAAUGUCCCACAAUUUGAGUGCAAUCUGAUUUACUUUUUUAGAUUGAUUUUUCACAAAAUUGUAACCUCGUUAAGGCAUUUUUCUACAGCACGAUGAGGGAAAAGUAUAAAAGUAUAGUACAAAAAUGUAUUAUUAACUGUAUUUGUUAUUUGACUCAGUUAUUGUAAAGAGGAAAAAAAUAUGCCGUAAAAUAGCUAACAACUGCAGCAGGUUUUUUAAGGCUAAGUCUGUGUUAUUUCUUUUUUUUUAUAUUUUAUUUUUAUUGAAAUUUCCAUUCACAACAGGGAAGUACAAACAUUGUCAAUGUUUCAUAUUUACAUAAUCAAAGGCGUAAUAUCAAUAAGUAUAUCGCAAUAUUGAGUCCCAUAAAAACAAAUAAACAAACAUAAAAGAGGGGGAGAAAAAGGACUCUACAUUUUUAAACACUUGUCAAAGAAAUGUACUGUACAAUCCCUUUAUAGAGAUGGUAAUGUGCGAAAAGAUACAGAACAUAAAAAUAUAUAACAUACACAAAAAACACUGUGUUAUUUCUUUUAUGAUUUUUCAUUUUAUUAUCAAUUAUAAUUUUUUUAUUUAUACAAAGUUUUUUUUAUAUUUUAUUAUGAUUUUGUUUACAUUUUUAUUGAACGUAAUUAUUGAAUAAUUGUUGUUUUAUAUUUGGUUUAAUUCUAUCAAACACACAUAAGGUUUUUAAAAACUAUAUUUAAGCAGCAAUUCAUAUAAAAGUAAUAUCUGCAUAAUCAUCUCAUAAUAACUGCACAGUAUACAGUAGACAGGGAAGUCAAGCACCACUUUUCGCUUUGCUAUGAAGAAAACAAAUGACUUCACGGGUUUGAAGCUCCAUUUUGUACCCUUUUUGUGGAAAGUCAGAUGUCAGCUUUGUUUGCAUUUGUUGGGCUUCUUUUAGCGUGCAUACGGGCAUCUAAACCUUUUAUCAUGGGCUGUGAGGACUAGAUGGGUUUUUAUUAGUACUGUUAUGUUACUAUGCACAUCUAAUAGAUGAUACACACAUUCUGUCCAUCCCUCACAACCAGAUGAGACAUUAGACAGCUGGCAGAAGCGUGCUAGAGUGCAUUACAAGUUAAUUGAAUUGGAAUCGAAGUACCUCACUGUAAAUUUAAUUUGCUGCCAGUUUAUGGAUUUGCGUUUAGCACUGUGAUAUUAUGCGUUGUCUUAAGUCUGAGUUGGCAAACUAGGCUGGGCCUAAAUGUCUGAACCAAAUCACAAAGAGCUGUCUGAGCUGACCGCCUGCUCAAAAUGUGUCAAGGAAUCCAAGUAAAAAGUAAUACUGGCUGCUUAUUUCAGGCUUUAUCAGGUGCCCAGUAAGCAGACUGUAAUCAGUGUUGUAGUGAACUUGAGUUUGUACAAGUCUGUAUGCUAUUUCAUUCUAGUGUCUUGGAAAAUCUGUUUGGAUUUUAUUUUCUUCUCACUGGGAUUAAAGGUGGAAUUAUUUAGGUAUAUUCUUCACAAGCCUUAAAAAAUCCCGGUGUGAUCUCGUGAAUUAUGGGUGCUUAAGCAUUUACGAAUUCGUAGCAUUUAUUGAAAAACUCACAGCACAUCACAUAUCAUGAAGAUCUGAAAGCCUGAUAGCAGUUUUGUUAAAGGAAUGCUUUGGACAUCGUCACAAAUAUUAUGUAUAGUUUCUUUUUAUGCGGUUUUGAGAUAAAAAUCAGAAACAUGAUAUGAAAAGGUAAAAUUAUGUCGAUUAUGAUAAGUGGAAGUUGGCAUAAAUUAAAUCUGAUUUAAAAAAAAAAAAAAAAAAGGAAAUUGACAAGUUGGAGAUGAGAUAAAAAGUCAAUGACUAAUUAAAGUUAUAAUGUAUUUUUUCCUCAAUUUUCAACAUUUUAUCUCAUUGACUUUUUUAAUCUCAUAAUUAAUCUCAUUUAUGGUAUUAAUUUAAUUUAAUUUAUUAGUUUUCUGUGGUGGAAAUGGUCUUCCAUAUAACAACACACUGGCAGCCAUUCUUGUUUGUUGCAUCCGAAUACAGCAAAGACUACAGAAAGGGCUGUUACAAAAAGAAAACAGAGCUCAGUGUCAAAGGUCAAAUAUGGAUAAAGUUUAAUCAGUAUCUCAUGCAGCCUAACAUCACUCUCUCCAUCCUCAGUUGUUUUCCUCAUCUUCCCUUAACAGUCUUCUGCUUCUGUGCAAUAUUCAUUUCUUUCCUCAAAAUCAUAUUCCCUGCACCCCAAAGACUAGUGGUUUGCAAAGCCCAAAAACAACGUGGCAUGAUUAUAUAGCUGAUCACAUAACUAUUGAUAAUCAAACAGUACUUUAAUAGUCUAUAAUCAGUCUGCUGUAUGUCUGUCGUCUCAAAAUAAAGCCUGGCGUGGGCAGAACGGUGUGACAUGAAUGCAAAUAUAUGAAAUACUGUCUGAAAAUCAGGGUCUGUACCCAUCAUGCAAUGAUUUGUAUCCCACAGACUUUACAUCGCAGUAAAAAUCUGAGCUAAAUUCAUGCAGUGUUUUCAGUUCUUAAAGGUCUACUCAGUUAGCUAAAACACAAAAUAUAUAUACACAAAAAGAGAACUGUAUGUUUAGUUAUAUCACAUAUAACCAAUUCGCCAGUCAAGUCUUUGGGGUCCAAAGGGGAAAUGGUUUUAGGAAAAUCAUUUUUAACUUUAAAUGGUAUCCCACGUUUAUUAGUUUGAUUUGUUUUAAUCCCUGUGUGUGUAUGUCUCC